GACAGAUCUAGGAGGAUCAGUGAGAUCCAGGAUCUAGGAAGCCGCUCCCGGACCUCAGAAUCCUGAAGAUUCACUCUCUCAAGCGGGUUCGACAUGGCGGCCAAGACGGUGACGUACCGGUGCCAGGAGAAGGAGGAGGGUCAGAUGUCUCACGGCAUGGAGCUGUCCGCACAGACGAAGAAGAAGAAGUUCACGUCCAGUGAUGAAGGCGCCUCACUGGCCGAGUUCUAUCCCAUCAUCCCCGGCGACAUCAUGUCCGUCAAGGAGAUCCUGACGGAGCCCGUGUUCCCACGACACCGGACCUGGGAGGUUCUGAUGGAAACCGCGGAGAACGACGAGCUGCGCCAGCGGGACCAGUGGACCCUCUUCAGUAACGAGGGUGAAAAGAUGGAGAUCGAGACGAUUAAGGACCAGCACAUUGUGCGGCGACGCGUGGACCGCGAGGUGCUGAGGACGGAGGCGGAGAGGAAGGCGUCGGCUCACCUGAAGUUGCUGCAGGAUUUGAGCAUGAAGGCUCCUGAUUUUUCCGUUCUGCUGCGUCCGCACGCCGUCUGGGAGGGGAUGAGUGUCAGGCUGUCGUGCAGCGUGGAGGGCCGGCCGACGCCCAGCGUCACCUGGUAUAAAGACGACGUUCCUCUGACGGCGGCGUCACAACCCUGGAACCACAAGCUGCUCCAGAACUACGGUCUCAGCACUCUGGAGAUCAGGAGGUGCAGCUCUGCAGACGCUGGAGAAUAUAAAGUGGUGGCCAGAAGCUCUUUGGGUGAAGCCACGACCUUCGCCACCCUCGUGGUCAACUCCGUUCGAGGAGCCGAUGCGGGACUGAGGAGCACUCAGACCGUGGUUCGGGAGCUGGAGCUCGAGGCCUCGUUCCUCUCCACGUUCCCGCCGUCGUUCGUGAAGGAGGGUGAGACCCUGACGCUCGGCUGUAGCUUCUCCUCGUCUCUGCUCCCCUUCCAGCAGGACGUGGUCUGGUUUAGAGACGGAGUUCGUCUUCGUGCCUCCAGUCGGCUGGACGUGCUAACCACCCCGCGCUCCACCACCCUCGCUCUGAAGGGGGCGCACAAGGAGCAUGAGGGUCGGUACAUCGUUCGACUCCGGACCCGGGACGGCGUGGCCGAGCACAGCGCCUACGUUUACGUUAAAGAUGGUCCUGCCACUGUUCCCGGAGCUCCGGGCUCUCCUCUGGAGCUCGAGUGCUCCGAUGUGAACCGAGAUUUCGUUUUCCUCUCCUGGAAGCCGCCCAGCGCUGACGGAGCCGGUCUGGUGCAGGGAUACUUCAUCGAGAGGUGUGAGGUUGGCACGGGGAAGUGGGCGCGCUGUAACGAGGCGGUGCAGAGGGUGUGUUAUUACCCCGUCAUGGGUCUGAAGGAGAACACCAUGUACCAGUUCAGGGUGUGCGCCGUGAACCAGGCCGGCGUGGGACGCCCGUCCAAACCCACCGACCCCAUCGUCACCUCGGACCCCAUGGAGCCCGGCAGAACUACGGUGGUGAAGGUGGACCGGGGCAGAGAGAUCAUCAUCACCAAGGACCAGCUGGAGAGUCAGAUUCGGGUUCCGUUCCCACCUACGGACGUGCGAGUUUGUGAACUGAGCGACACCUACGCAGUGAUGUCCUGGACCGAACCAGACCCCCGGGGCAAAGAGCCACUCACCUAUUACGUGGAGCGGUCUGUAGCCGGGACGGAGAGCUGGCACCUGGCCAACCUGGACAUGACCGUCAAAGCGACGAGGUUUGCAGCGUUCGACAUGCAGAAGGGAAAAGCCUACUGUUACCGGAUCCGCUCCGUCAACAAAUACGGGGUCAGCGAGCCGUCGGAGCCGAGCCGGCCCGUCUCACUCGGAGAGGCUCUCGGGGCCCCCGCCACGCCCCAGUGCAUCCAGGCCGUCAGGGACACCGACUGCUCGGUCCUUCUGCAGUGGAAGGAGCCCAAGAGCACAGAGGGAAUUCUGGGAUAUUACCUGUACUGCAGCGAAGUGGGGAGCUCCGAGUGGAGAAGCGUCAACAACAAGCCCGUCACCGGCACCAGGUUCUCGGUGCACGGGCUCAGGACCGAGAGGCGAUACGUGUUCCGGGUGAAGUCCGUGGGCCGAGCGGGAAACAGCCGCUACUCUGAAGAAUCCGAGCCGGUCCUGGUCCAAGCGGCUAAACUGGUUCCAUCCGCUCCGUCGGGCAUUUCUCUUCUGAACUGCACUGGCACGAGCAUUGUGAUCGGUUGGCGAGCGCCCGCCAGUGACGGAGGCGAUCCGGUGCGCGGCUACUACCUGGACCAGCGAGAAAAAACCCAGAGCGCGUGGGGCGAGGUCAACACCAAACCCAUCAGAGAGAGAGUGUACACGGUCACUGGUCUUACAGAGGGACGUUAUUACCAGUUCCGUGUAUUCGCAGCCAACAUUGUCGGACUGGGGAAAGCCUCUGUGCCCAGUGAAGCUUUUCUGUGUGAGCAGUGGACGAUGGCAGAGCCUGGCUGCCCAUAUGACCUGGAGCUGAGAGAAGUGCGAGGAGACUCUCUGGUCCUGUUAUGGGCUACACCUUUGUACCAGGGUCAGUCACCAAUUACUGGCUAUGUAGUGGAGAUGAGUGAGGGGGAGGAAUGUGAGGACUGGACUGCAGUGACCCAAGAGCCCACCACAGACACCUACCUGAAGGUUUCCGGGCUGCAGUCGGGUCAUACCUACCGCCUCCGUGUGUGCGCCAUCAGCAGUGCAGGAGUGGGACGACCCUCCCUUCCCACAGAACCCAUUAAAGCCCAGACCCCAGCAGGAACCAGAAAUAUAGAGAUCGGUGUGGACAACGACGGUUUCAUCUUCCUGAGCUUCGAGGCGCCUGAGACACCCGACACGGUCCAGUUUAACUGGAAGAAGAAUUACAGAGAUGCAAUUGACGGAGGACGAGCUCAUCUGGAGACCAAAGGAAACAGAUCUGUUCUGACCUUCACGGCGGCCGCUGAGGAAGAUCUGGGUCUGUACACCGCUGAGGUGACGGACAGGCCAGACGUCUCCUCCAGCUUUAACUUUACCGCUGACGAUCUGGAAAAGCUGAUGGAGCUGAGCUGGCAAAUCAGACACCCACUGAUUGCUCUGCGCUCUGAAGGAUGGCAGGUGGACGUAUCAGAGCAGGGUAACGUGAGGUUGUGGUUACAGACGGAGCCGCUGUCCAACGCCGCAGAGCUGCACCUCAUCCUCAACGACAGAGAGAUCACCAGCACUGCGGCGCGAAAGAUCAACUUUGACAAGGCCGGCGGAUUGGUGGAGAUUCUGUUCGAUCAGCUGUCGAAGGAGGACGAGGGCUCGUACACCGCACAGCUCCGAGACGGCAGAGCCAAGAACCAGUUCACCCUCGUACUGGUGGAUGAAAAGUUCAGGCAGACGCUGGCCAAAUCCCAGGCCAACCGGCGCGACUGGAAGAGACGUUCAGGACCUUAUUUUGAGGAGUUCUUAUCUUGGACUGUGACGGAGGAUUGUGAGCUGGUUAUGAAAUGCAAGGUGACGAAUGUGAGCAAGGAUACGAAACUGAGGUGGUUUAAGGAUGGCGUGGACGUGCCGCAGGUCGUGUACGAGUCCGGAGUGGCAACACUCACUGUGCCACAGGUGACUAAAAAAGAAGCCGGGGUGUACCGGGCCGUGGUGGGCGACGGGAGAGGAGAGGACGAGAGUGUGCUGGAACUAGCGGAUCAGGAGUUCGAGCGGCUGCUGCAGGCUCUCAGUAAACAGUGCGCCCUCUCCGCCGGUCCCGUGAGGAUCCAGUGCACGGCGGCCGGCUUCAAACUCUACUGCUCUCUCAAGUACUAUCUGAGCUACAUGAAGACCGCCUGGCACUUCAAAGAGAGAAGGAUCGAUCAGGACGACAGGACCAAGCCCGGCAGCGGGAUGCAGAAGCUCUGGAUCGAGAUCUUCAACCCCACCGAGAAUGAUAAAGGGAAAUACACGCUGGAGAUGUUUGACGGGAAGGAGACGCACAAACGCAGUCUGGAUCUGUCCGGGCAAGUGUUUGCAGACGCUCUUCUAGAACACCAGAGACUCAAGCAGGUGGAAAUUGCUGAGAAAAAUCGUGCCCGAGUGACGAAGGGAUUACCGGACGUGGUGGCCAUCAUGGAGGACAAGUCUCUGUGUCUGACGUGUUUUGCCGACGGCGACCCGGCUCCGGAGAUGUUCUGGAUGAAGAACGACAGGGAGAUCCUCUCGGUCGGGCGCUUCCACGUGACCCAGGAGAAGAAGUGCUCGACCCUCACCAUCGAUUCCGUCUGCAUGGAGGAUUCGGGAAACUACAGCAUCUUCGUGCGCAACACGUUCGGCAGCCAGACGGUGAACGUGACCGUGAGCGUGUACAAACACGGCGAGAAGCCGCGGGCCGACGCUGUGGAGCUGUAGGGACGAGAUACAGAGGAGAAACAUAAACAACGUUCUGCUGUGGGAGUGGUAGAAACCGUUUAGUCUCAGUCAGGUUCAUUUAAAUUUACCGUCAGCUGGGCGCCAUCUGGUGGGCAUAAUCGGCAGUGCCUGCAGCAGAUUCUAAUUGGCCACCGUAUCUGCAGGGUGGGGGCCGGACUAUGUGUGGGUGGGUGCAGAAUGCAGGGGUGAGAAGAGGAGGGCUGUACACGUGUCAGAAGAGGCGUGUACAGUGACGUGCUCUCCUCGGACACAAUCUGGUAUCUCUGAGCAGCGGAAGACAAAAUUGAGUCGCUAAAUCAGGAGGAAAAUGCAUUAAAAAAAAAUUUUAAUAAUCAAUUUCGUGUUUGUGUUUUAAUCAAAAUAAAGAUGAAAAACAUUUUUGCUUCA